GUAUCGCUGGCUCGGGUUUCGGUCUGGAGGAGGGAGGGAGGGUGGUUGUGUUCGCCGCUGCAGCAGCAAAGAGCGUUGGGGUAGGGAGGACGGCCGGGCGGAGGAGCAGACGCCGAGGAGGCACGAUGCCCACCGUGGAGGAGCUCUACCGUAAUUAUGGCAUCCUAGCCGACGCUAAGGACACCGCUCCGGAGCACAAAGAUGCUUAUCAAGUUAUUUUGGACGGUGUCAAAGGGGGUGCUAAGGAGAAGAGAUUAGCAGCACAGUUUAUUCCAAAAUUCUUCAAACAUUUCCCUGAGUUGGCAGAUUCUGCUAUAAAUGCUCAGUUGGAUCUUUGUGAAGAUGAAGACGUUUCGAUCCGGCGCCAAGCAAUCAAAGAAUUACCUCAGUUUGCUAUGGGUGAUAACCUCCCUAGGGUAGCAGAUAUACUUACCCAGCUUCUGCAAUCAGAUGAUUCUGCAGAAUUCAACUUGGUUAACAAUGCUUUGCUUAGUAUAUUUAAGAUGGAUGCUAAAGGAACACUUGGUGGUUUGUUCAGUCAGAUUCUUCAGGGAGAGGAUAUUGUGCGAGAAAGAGCCAUUAAAUUUCUCUCUACAAAACUCAAAAUACUUCCUGAAGAGGUGCUAACAAAAGAAGUUGAGGAAUUAAUACUGACAGAAUCAAAGAAGGUGCUUGAGGAUGUGACAGGUGAGGAGUUCGUCUUAUUUAUGAAGAUACUAUCUGGCUUAAAAAGCCUUCAAACAGUAAGUGGGAGGCAACAACUAGUUGAACUAGUGGCUGAACAGGCUGACCUCGAACAAACCUUCAAUCCAUCGGAUCCUGAUUGUGUGGACAGACUCUUGCAGUGCACUCGUCAAGCAGUUCCACUGUUUUCUAAAAAUGUUCACUCUACAAGAUUUGUGACUUACUUCUGUGAGCAUGUGCUGCCAAAUUUGAGUUCUCUGACCACUCCAGUUGAAGGCCUUGAUAUCCAAUUAGAGGUACUAAAAUUACUUGCUGAGAUGAGUUCCUUUUGUGGGGACAUGGAAAAGUUAGAAUCAAAUCUAAAGAAACUUUUUGAUAAAUUAUUGGAAUACAUGCCACUUCCUCCAGAAGAAGCAGAGAAUGGAGAGAAUGCAGGCAAUGAAGAGCCGAAGCUGCAAUUUAGCUAUGUGGAAUGCUUGUUAUAUAGCUUUCAUCAAUUAGGACGAAAACUUACAGAUUUCCUAACAGCAAAGUUGAACACAGAUAAAGUGAAAGACUUUAAAAUCAGAUUACAGUAUUUUGCCAGAGGACUUCAGGUUUAUAUCCGACAACUUCGUUUGGCACUCCAAGGCAAAACAGGAGAAGCACUGAAGACAGAAGAGAAUAAAAUUAAAGUGGUUGCACUAAAAAUAACAAAUAACAUCAAUGUUUUAAUUAAGGAUCUUUUCCACAUUCCUCCUUCAUAUAAGAGUACAGUUACACUCUCCUGGAAACCUGUACAGAAGUCUGAAGUUGGGCAAAAACGAGCUAGUGAAGAUACAUCUCCAGACUUACCAGCAAAAAAGUCGCAAGCUGGCCCCAAAAGAGAUGCUAGGCAGAUUUACAAUCCACCCAGUGGGAAAUACAGUAGUAACCUGGGCAAUUUUUCAUAUGAGCAGAGAGGUGGUUUCCGUGGUGGACGAGGCAGAGGAUGGGGUGGACGUGGUAAUCGCAAUCGUGGAAGAAUUUACUGAAAUCAUUUCCAAAGCCGUUACUAUAUGGCUAAAGCAUCUUUAAAAUUUGAAGGAUUGUCUAUAGGGGGCUAUGUUGUCUAAAAGACUCGCCUUCUGCAAAAGACUGGUUUAAAAGUUCUUACACCUUUGUAUGUAUGAUCUACUUUUCUAAUGGACAAUAGACUCUCAGUGAAACAACAACUGUAUUUUUGGAUGUUUAACAGCUGGUAUUUUGAGUUUGUGUUUGUUUUUAAAGCGUCUUCAAGAUUUGUUCAGGAAAAAGCAUGGGUGUUCAAGCUGAAGCUGCUUCCGUACAGAUGUUACAUUCAUCUAUAAAUGUGGCUUAUAAUACAAAAUGGACUCUGUAUAAUAAUAAAAUACUAGAUAAUGGAUGGAAAUGUUUUAAUUUAAAUGAGUAAGAACUUCUCUUCAAACUGAAAUCAUAUUUCCACAUCAGAAAGAAUUAUAUUGCAAAAGAGAAGUACUAUAAACCGCCAAAGGCAUGGUUCAUUGACGGAAUUUUUAUUUUUAAAGUUUGCAACAAGAUAACGAGCUGUUAUCUUAAACCAAUCCAAUCAUUUCUGGAGAAACAUGGUGUUAAUUUUAACAUCUUGCUCUUCUCCAUAUAUGGUUAUAAAACACAUGUAUUGCAAAUUGAUUUUUAAAAGUUCUGUCCAUGCAGACAAAUUGAGAAUUUUUCCCAGUUUUAUUUUUGGACUGAACAUAAGAUGCAGAUGUCAGAAAGGAGUAAAAACAUUGAAAUCAAUCCAGCUAAAAUUGGAUUUAAAGAACUGCAAAUUUCUUAUCUUAAACCCAAACCUUUUUUACCAUUUUGGAAGGCAUAACAGUCAAAUAUUUGUACAUAGGCAUUUCUGACAACUUGUAAUGUGUAUUAACUAAAAUUAGUUUAUAAAAUGGACAGAAAUGCAUUUAUUGGUAACUACAGAUUUCUUUAGGUUCUGAUGGCUCAUUCAUCCUUUUCUGAUAUAGAGGUAUUGAGCAAAAUGAUUCAAGUUAAGGGUCUUCUCUACAUUUGUUGUACUCAUGUUAUAAAGUGAUUUUAACAUUUCCAAGUUGGAUUAAAAAAAGGAUUCUAAUUUGGAGGGGUAAUGUGUGUCUCCCAUUAAGCUAUUAUACUAAAAACUGACCAGUUCAAACCACAAAUGGUGGUUUGAAACAUUUUCUAUUAAUUUUGAAACAUUUUCUAUUCAUUAUAUUGCUUAUUUGACAGUCAGUUUUUAGAAAUGUAGCUUUUACGGAAGUUUAACCACUUAAUACAUAUAGUUUUGGGAAGGGGCUCUGUUCAGUAAUAGGUUGACAAUAUAGUUCUGGGAAAUAAUGUGCAAAUUGUCAAUUAGAAAUAGCUCUCAUUUUGUGUUAAAAAUGCAGUGAAUUAUUUUGGAAACACCCUUUAACCACAUUUUAUUUGUAAAUUUUUUCCUUUAUUCUUUUGCAAUAAAUCCAUUUUGUAAUUUU